AAAUAAUUUUAGCCAGACUCGACCAUUUCAGCUUCCGUCCCAUGCGAUAGUUAAACCCUGGCUGUACGUUACAAAAAAGAAAGCCCGAAAUUAAGAAAAUAAAUAAACAAAUAACGAUUUGAUUAUUUUUUUCGAUUCUUGCAGUUGACGGUUGCGAAAUUUUCAAUUCAAAUUUGGUGAUGGGUCGACCGCCCAGUAAUGGAGGCCCUACCUUCCGCUUCAUGGCCAGUGAGGUUACGGAGAUGGAAAAUAUAUUGCAAGUACACAAUUACGGGAUGCCGGCUAAGGAAGUUUUGGUAGAUAUUGCUGAGAAAUUCAGUGAAUCUCCGGAUAGAAAAGGGAAGUUUACCGUACAAAUGAAACAGGUUUGGAAUUGGUUUCAAAAUAAACGAUAUGCAGUAAGAGCCAAGACAAGCAAGACUCCAGUAAAAUUGAAUGUUACUCCUAUGUCUCGAGAGGAGUCAACUCCAGUGAGAAAUGUGCCCCAACCUAUUGCUGCUUCUAUUCCUGCUUCUAUUCCUGCUCCUAUCACUGCAGCCGUGACAACUCCAUCAGUCCCUAAUGCUGGAAGGGCCAACACAGAAAAUUCUUGCAUGGAAUUUGAAGCCAAAUCUGCAAGGGAUGGUGCAUGGUAUGACGUUGGGACCUUCUUAUCCCAUAGACAUGUAGACACGGGAGACCCGGAAGUACUGGUUCGGUUUUCUGGAUUUGGACCAGAUGAAGAUGAGUGGAUUAAUAUUCGGAAGCAUGUCAGGCAGCGUUCCCUUCCAUGUGAAGCAUCAGAAUGCGUUGCAGUUCUUCCUGGAGACCUCAUUCUUUGUUUUCAGGAAGGUAAAGACCAAGCCCUUUACUUUGAUGCACAUGUUCUUGAUGCGCAAAGACGAAGACAUGAUGUAAGAGGUUGCCGUUGUAGAUUUUUGGUGCGUUAUGAUCAUGAUCAAUCUGAGGAAAUUGUGCCACUAAGAAAGGUUUGUCGUAGGCCUGAAACUGACUAUAGGUUGCAGCAACUUCAUGCUGCAAAUGAAUCAGCAGCCGCCGAACAACAGAAAAGUAAUACUGAUCCUUCCACAGCAAGUAUUCAGAGAAUUUUUGUUUCUGCACCUGAAAAAAUGCGGAAGCUACAGAAUGCAGAUAUAUCUGCAGCAGGAUCCAUACCAAAUGCUAACCCUUCAGAGACAAAAAUUGCUGAAACAAGCAACAUUGUCAAUAUCGGUAAUUCUCCUACUGUUCUGGCUAGCGGCACUGUCAAUAUCGGUAAUUCUCCUACUACUGUCAAUAUCGGUAAUUCUUCUAGUGUUCUAGCUAGCGGCACUGUCAAUAUUGGAAAUCCUCCCAAUGUUCUCACUAGUGGCACUGUCAAUAUUGGAAAUCCUCCCAGUAUUUCCGCUAGCGGCACUGUCAAUAUCGGAAAUCCUCCCAGUGUUCUCGCUAGCGGCACUGUCAAUAUCGGAAAUCCCCCUAGUGUUCUCGCUAGCUGCACUGUCAAUAUCGGAAAUCCUCCCAGUGUUGCUGCUAGCAGUACUGUCAAUGCUGAAUCAAGUGGUGUUGCUCCAAUUAGUAUUUCUGGUGGGUCUGUUGAGAGUUUGCAGGGAGGCAAAUCAUAGGUUACUCAUGUCUGAUUACCUUUGGAAUAAUUGCCACCACUCCCUGAAUUUAGAUUAAAACUACUGUUUUCUCUCUAUACUUUAAAAAAAUAUUGUUUCUUCUCCUAACAACGAGGGGUUUUAGUUGUCGUAAACAGUGGUUUUUCAAAAUAUAGGGAGAAAAUAGUAAUUUUUGACAUAAUAUUGGGAUGAUGGUAAAUUUUCCUAACCCCUUUUGUCCUUCCUUUUUCUGUAUAAUCCAAAAAACUGGAAUGGCAAGUAGCACGAUUAGCUUUUGAAUCCAGUGAUGAAAUUCCUAAUAGGGAAUGGUCCAUUUUUUUCAUCACCCUUUGUGGGCUUCUCUAGCUAUAAAGAUCAAGAGUUGUAUUCUGAACUGUAGUUUUGUGUUUUAUUAAUACUAUUUUAGCUCAAUUUAUGUUUUA